CAUAGUUACCUGCUACCAGCCUACCCUUCACUCUAGAAUAUAUAGAUACCCAUCAAUUCAACCCAACGUCUCUCUUUUUCUCUCCAUUCACUCACUCUUAUACACUUAUACUCUCAUCUCAUAGUACAAACAAACACAUUUGAAUUGAGUAAUAACCAUGAGUUUCCUAUCAAAGAAAGCAGUGUUAGUAAAAAUGCUGCUAGUUUUGCAUGUAGUCAUUAAAAUUGGGAGUGUAAUGAUGUUAGAAUUUGAAGCUGACAAAAUCACAAGUUUACCAGGACAACCUUCAGUGAAUUUCCAGCAUUACUCAGGUUAUGUUUAUGUAAGUUUUGCUAAUCAAACUCAAAACAAUCACAAUAAUCAGAAAGCUAUGUUCUACUACUUUAUUGAGGCUGAAACUGAACCUGUUUCUAAGCCUCUUGUUCUAUGGCUCAAUGGAGGCCCUGGUUGUUCUUCACUUGGAGUUGGUGCUUUCUCUGAAAAUGGACCUUUUCGGCCUGCCGGUAACCGCCUUAUUAUCAAUCACUAUAGCUGGAACAAAGAAGCAAAUAUGCUGUAUUUGGAAACACCAGCUGGAGUUGGUUUCUCUCAUUCAACUAAUAUUUCCUCUUAUGAAACUGCAAAUGAUCAUACCACAGCCAGGGACAAUCUAAAGUUUCUGCAAAAAUGGUUUCUCAAGUUCCCACAUUACCAGAACAGAAGCUUGUACAUUACUGGGGAAAGCUAUGCUGGUCAUUAUGUUCCCCAGCUAGCUGAACUUAUGCUUCAAUACAACAAGAAAGAAAAGCUGUUCAACUUGAAAGGAAUUGCAUUAGGUAAUCCAGUUCUCGAGUUCAUAACUGACUUCAAUUCCCGGGCAGAGUAUUUCUGGUCUCAUGGAUUGAUAUCUGAUUCCACCUACAAUGUAUUUACUUCGGCUUGCAACUACUCGCGUUAUGUGGGGGAAUACUACCGAGGUUUUGUGUCACCAAUGUGUUCCAAGGUGAUGAGCUUAGUGAGCAGAGAAACCAGCAGAUUUGUUGAUAAGUAUGACGUUACCCUGGAUGUUUGCCUGCCAUCUAUAUUCUCCCAAUCCAAGUUCCUUACCCCCCAUCAAGUUGGUGAGACUAUUGACGUCUGUGUGGAGGAUGAAACCGUUGGAUACUUAAAUCGGCGAGAUGUGCAAAAAGCUCUUCAUGCUCGACUUGUAGGAGUCAAUUCAUGGACAGUUUGUAGCAGAAUCCUGGAUUAUGAGAUGCUCGACUUGGAGCGACCAACUAUACAUUUAAUAGGCAAUCUCGUUAAGGCAGGAAUUCCUGUACUGAUUUACAGUGGGGAUCAAGAUUCGGUUGUUCCCCUAACUGGAAGUAGAACACUAGUUAAGCGGCUGGCAGAAGAGCUAAAACUAAACACAACUGUUCCUUAUAGAGUCUGGUUUGUGGGAAAGCAGGUUGGCGGUUGGACGGAAGUGCAUGGAGAUCUCCUUUCAUUUGCCACAGUAAGGGGAGCAUCUCAUGAAGCUCCAUUUUCUCAGCCUGAGAGAUCCCUUGUGCUUUUUAAAUCCUUUUUGGAGGGGAAGCCUCUCCCAGAAGUACUGUAAUCAUACGUGAACGAGUGAGUGGACACAAGAAACAGCCAACAUAAUUGUAAGUAGGAUAUUUCAAGUUAUGGCUUCGUGUGAAUUCUGUACCAAGUAAGAAAUAAUGCAAAAUAGAUCAAAAGAUCGACUUAAGAUCUUACAUCCAAGGGAAAAAAAGUUCUCUAAUUAUAACUGCUAAA